AAUCUCUCUCCUCCUUUCUUGGGUCUGGUGAUGAGGAGGAGGUCGGUGAAGAGGAAGACGUGGGCGACCAUCUUUGAGGAGGUGUCGCGGAAUUUCAGGUUUCCCUCCAACAUGAGGACUCGUGGCUGGUCCAUUUCCACAUCGGGCAUCGGGGUGAGGAGAUCGAGUUGCUGAUGGUGGGCGGAGUCCAUCGUCUCCUUCAAGAUGGCGUUAAAUAGGAGAGGAUAUUUCGUGAGCCGCUGCAUCGGGAUGACUAGAAAAUCCUUCAACUUUCGUCUCUGACACACUGG